AUGCAGGUUCCUAGGAUUGUCGGCGUACUGGGCGCUGCGGGUCAGAUGGGCUCCGGUAUUGCUGAAGUCCUCGGCCAGAGGUCUGGUUGCACCGUCCUACGGUACGAUCCCGUAAAAGAACCCGAAAAGGACAUUAACGUCCUUCGAGGUGCCGAAUUCCUUAUCGAGGCCGUACCAGAAGUGUUCGAGACAAAAGUUGCUGUUUACAAAGCUCUCGAAGAAGCCCGAGUCUGGACGGAACAUGUCGUCUUGGCGAGUAACACGUCGUCGUUAUCGAUUACGAGACUCGCGGCUACUUCGAAGUUUCCGGAAAACUUCAUUGGCAUGCAUUUCUUUUACCCCGUACAACGAAUGAAUAUCGUAGAGAUCGUCUGUGGGUUACGAACGUCGGAAAAUACUGUUGAAGUCACGGAGUCACUUGCUCGUAAAAUGGGAAAAGAGUGCGCGCGGUGUGUGUCUGAUAGCCCAGGUUUCGUCUCGAAUCGAAUACUCAUGCCUUACAUCAACGAAGCGAUUGAAACGCUACGUGAAGGGACCGCAGAUGCGAAGGAUAUCGAUCGAAUUAUGAAGCUCGGAACGAACGUGCCCAUGGGUCCGUUGGCACUAGCCGACUUUAUCGGCCUCGAUACUUGCCUCAAUAUUUUGCGUGUGCUUGAACAAGGGCUCCCCGGGGGUUCUGUAAAGUAUAGAGCAUCCCCACUGCUGGUCAAAUAUGUUGAUGCUGGUUGGCUCGGGCGCAAGACUAAAAGAGGUUUUUACACCUAUGACUAG